AUGGCCAAAUUAAAGGGAUAUAGUUUAGAUGUUGGUUAUCCUGUCUACGGUGCGAAGUUUGUGGGUGACAAGACCCUUAUUGUUGUUGGCGGUGGUGGUGAAGGUAAAAAUGGUGUGCCGAAUAAGAUAACCGCACUCUUAGUGCAGCCGGAUCACCCCAAAAAGCCAAUCAAAAGAUACAGGGAGCUAGUUCUUAAUGACCAGGAAGACUGCCCCAUGUCUAUGGACGUCAAUAGUAAUGUUAUUCUUCUUGGUGCCAACGAGAAUUCCGAGAUGAUUAAGAAAGGUGUGAAUAAGCACUUGCGUAAGUUUAAAUUCGUCAAUGACCAUUUGAAGUUCGUGGAAAGUUGCCAGAUUCAUCCUGGUUCUAAUCCGCAGCAUUACCAAAAGAUCACAUGUCUCUCCAGAGACGGAUCUCUGGGUGUCAUAUCUAUGAGUGACAAUCCAUCUUCUGUCUAUAUAGUGGAUACUUCUGAAGAUCUGGAGGAAAGGUUCAAGAUUGUCACCCCCGGCGAUGUUAAGGACAUUGGUAUUUCGCCUGACGGUAAAAUGAUGUGCUAUUUGACUUCGAGCCAUCUCGAGGCAAUAUCCACUAUAACAGGUAGAUCCGUAUUCAAAACUGAUAUCAAAUUUCAGAUGUCAAAGGUGGGCUUUUAUGAUAACAACAUUCUUGUUCUUGCAGGAUCUCAAAAGAAUGGAAUAACCUUGGCGCUAUUUUCCAUUGCUAAGUCUGCAAUUGUUAAGGAAUCUGUUAUCUGCAAGAAUUUGAAGGGAGUUACUUCCAUGGAUGUCAAUUCGAACAGUGGCUUAAUCUCAUUGUCUGGUUCUGACUGUUCUUUACUACUUGUCAGAUUCAAGGACUUCAAAUUACUUAGAAAAGUCAACCAGGUGCACAAUUUUGCCAUUACUAAGGUGACAUCCAGCAGCGAUGGUCAUUAUUUGGCUAGUGUUUCAGCAGCCAACACGGUCAGCGUGCUGGUAACUCCACCAAAGUUUGCUGAGUCUAAAUCUUUGUUCUUAUCUUUGUUUGAGUUCUUUCUCUCUAUUGUUUGUAUUGCGCUUCUUGCCAUUUGUUCACAGUAUCUCUAUGCGAAUGGUUACAUUGCCCUGGCCAAGGAGAAGCUUGUUCAAUUCUAUGAAUCUCGUCGCCCUGCCGACUCUUCUUCCUAUUUCACUAUUCAACCGAUGGAAUCAAGUGAGACUUUUCUAAGCGGUCCCCCCUCUACUACCACCUACCUUCCCGAAGAUGCAACCGUUAAGUCGGAUAUUAUUAGUUUUUCUAGCGAGCCAUCGGUUACUACAGUUACUCCAAUAACCAGUAUAGUUUCUUCUUCCAUCGAGAUUUCCUUAGACACCCCUGUUUCCCUUGUUGAUAGAGAAGUUGAGAGGAAGGACAUUUAUGAGUCUCGUGUCGACUCCAAGACAGAAUCGAGCUUUGAGUUGGCUUCCAAGAUUGAAACUAAACCCGAAACUCAAUAUACAUCUGACUCUGACUCUGGAUCUGCACCUGACGUUUCUGUUUCUGAAGUUGAAUCGAAGUUGAAACUUACCCAACAGCUGCUCAGCUCUUGUACAUCCCGUUCUUUGGCUAAAUCCACCAUUGUUUUGAGUGCCUUAUCCAAAUCAAAGAGUGCUGUAGUAACUCCCUUGACAUCCACCGUGCUUUCGACAACAUCGGACAACAAUGAAAUCAGUGAAGACACGCUUGAACAUUUGACUGUCCCGGAAAUUGUUUCCCAUUUGGAUUCUUUGGCUUCUACUGCUUCCAGACCCCUAGCUACUUCUUCGGUGGCUGAUAUUUCUGCUUCAGUUAUUGUGACUUCUUCUCCUUCUUCCAGCCCAUUGGUCUCUUCUUCGGAGAUUUCUUUGCCGUCCCCUUCACUGUCUCCAACACCUGCAGUUCCUGAGUUAUCUGUAUCUCCUGAUAUUGAUAUUGUGAUUCCCUCUAACUCUAUUCAUGAACUUCUACAACCGUCAGAGGAGAGUAUGUCCGUAAGUGAUCCCGAACUUCAGCAUAUAGAGAAGGAAACAACGUCCUUCUCUAGUAAGAAAACUGUGACAGAUACGGUGAAGCAAACUGUUAAAGAGACCGUUAUCGAGAUUCAAACCAGUGUUGUCACACAGAUAUCAGUUCAGAUCGCAACGGCCACGGAAACCUCUACUAUUGUUGAGCAUGUCACCGUUACACAUAGUGAAAGUGGUUCAUCGGUGAAGACUGAAACCACUGAGUUACUAGAUGAAUCUUUUGAGAUACCUCAUUCAGGGGAUCAAAUUGAUCCAUCGAAGAUUUUGGAGAAACCAGCAAUUUCCGCUACAGAUAAACCUAGAAAGGAGUCUGAUUUGCCCGGAAAUCCAGAGACGAUUGAUGUUCCUGUCGCCUCCGAUCUCUUGGAAGUAGAUGUGGAAGCCGAAUCAUUUAUUGUAAGAUCGGACUCUUCGAUUUCAGAAAUUUUUGAAACGUCUUUACUAGAUGAUCAUACUGACUCUGUAUCUGAGCUUAGAACGAGCACUAGUGAAACUGCAAUGAAUGUGAAAGAAUCAUCUUCGGUAAGUUUUGGUUCCUCAACAAUUUCGUCAGUUUCCGAGUUUCGGGUUGAGUCGCUGACUUCAGAUGUUUCUCUUUCGACAUCUAUCUCAUCAGAGACAUCAAAAUCACCUAUUUAG